AUGCAAGGCGGAGACGAUCCUGGUUAUGGCGUUGAUGGUGAUGGCGUUGGCGGUGAUGAUGCAACGGUUUCUGGCAGGGUGCCGGAGGAACCUGUUAUCACAAAAUCCGGUUUCCCCUUUGAGAAGCGCUUAAUCGAGCGCCAUGUCUUGUUUACCUGCCAAAGGGAAAAGUGGUUCUUGAUUUCUCAGAUUCAUGUUCAUUCUGUGUUUGAGUUCUUGUGUCGGUUUAUUAGAUUAUCUAUCGUGCAUGUAGCAAUCGAGGACAGUGAGGUGGGUCCCGAUGGGAAAAGGAUUCACCAAGGAGUCUCAAGUAGCAUUAUUUCCGAGCUUACAGAUUGUAGUUCUGCCCUUUCAAGAGAAAGGAAAUGGCGAGAGGUACCAUCAACAGUGACUCCUAUUGAUACCGUGGAGAGGUACACUCAACUUACCGUAAAUCCUCUUCAUGAAACCAACAAACCUGGGAUUUUGUCGAUGGACAUCUUGUUCUCUAAGGAUCUCAUUGCCACUGCUGGGGCAGACUCGAAUGCUGUAGUUUUUGAUAGAUCAUCAGGCCAAGUAGUAUCUACUCUCAGUGGCCACUCAAAGGAGGUUACAAGCGUCAAAUUUGCUGCAGAAGGUGAAUUAGUGGUUACUGGCUCUGCUGAUAAGUCAGUUCGUGUAUGGAGAGGUUCUGAAGGUGGAGAUUUUGACUGUUGCCACAUUUUUGAGGAUCAUACUGCUGAGGUGCAAGCUGUUACAGUCCAUGCAACCAAUAAAUACUUCGUCACUGCUUCUCUUGAUAGCACUUGGUGCUUCUAUGAACUUUCUUCAGGUUCUUGUCUCACUCGGGUAGGAGAUCCAACAAGAUCUGCUGGGGGAUACACAUCUGCAGCCUUUCAUCCUGAUGGUCACUUCCUUGGAACGGGUACAUCUAGAGGGCUUAGUAUGAUUUGGGAUGUACAGUCAAUUAUUAGAUUCUUGAAGGGGCAUAAAGGGGCUGUAACAGCCAUUUCAUUUUCAGAGAAUGGUUAUUUCCUGGCGACUGCAGCACAUGAUGGAGUUAGGCUUUGGGAUAUGCGGUUGAGCACGAACUUUAGGACUUUUUCCCCUUAUGAUGAGAAUACGCCUACACAUUCAGUGGAGUUCGACCAUAGUGGAAGUUACCUUGCUCUAGGAGGAUCAGACAUCAGAGUCUAUGAAGUUGCAACAGACAGAGUCUAUUAUGUUAAGAGAGACAAAUGUAAAUGGAAUUGCAUAAAAACAUUCCCUGACUUGUCCGGCACAGGCAAAAUAUUAAGUGUCAAGUUUGGCCCUGAUGCAAAAUACGUGGCUGUUGGGUCGAUGAAUAGAAACCUUAGAGUAUUUGGGCUGCCCGAGGAAAACGAUGAUCAGUCCGAGACAUGAAGAGUUUACUGCGUCCGGUAAAUGGCUGUGGAUUUUUUGGGCUGGAGAGCCGAGAUAGAACCUGAUUUCACACAACCAAGAGGGAUACGAAAUUUGUAGUAUCAUCUUAAUAUUAAGUUCAAUGAUUGGUUGUUGUGUAAGAAUAGA